AUGCCAAACGAUAUACAUACCAUACCUGAAAGCUCAGAAACUGAGUCUUUUAGUGAGAGAUACCACAGUCAAGAAGAUAGCACGACUCUAGAUGACUUGUUUGCUGAACUUGAAAAAGAAACCCAGACAUCCAUUCCAAUUGAAGAUUAUAGAUCCAUUGAAAAAUCCAUUAGAAACUUGCCUAAAAUAAAAGAAAAUUUGGUGCUGAAGUCAAAGAAAGAAUCCAUAAAGAUAUACGAUCCUAUAGUUGUACCAAAAAAGCAAACGGAAACCACGGAUGCAAGAUGGUUCAACAUGAAGCAGCCGGAAAUGACACCCGAAAUCAAGAGAGAUUUACAAAUUAUUAAACAAAGAAGUGCUUUGGAUCCAAAAAGACACUAUAAGAAAGAUAAGUGGGAAAUCCCAAAGUAUUUUCAAAUGGGAACAAUUAUUGAAGGUAAUACUGAAUUCUAUUCUGCAAGAUUAAAGAAGAAAGAAAGAGGUAAAACAAUGGUGGAAGAGUUACUUAAUGACGAUAAUACUAAAAAAUAUUUUAAAAGAAAGUAUCACGAAAUUCAAGAAACAAAGACUAGUGGUAGAAAAGGACACUAUAAAAAGGUCAAGAAUGCUAGAAAAAAGUACUAG